AUGUCUCACCGAGCCAACAUCAGAAUUCAGAGGAGAGGCUUCAGUAACUCAUCUGCCAUUCUACCUAACUUGUGUCACACCAACUGGAGCUCACAAAGUGUGGGCAGAGGUGGAAACUGUGGUAUUGGCAGUGCUGGCUGGGGCAGGGCCGGUGGGGCUGGUUUUGGCAGCCAAAGCCUUUACAAUCUUGGUGGACCCAGGAGGAUUGCAGUUGGAGGCAGUUAUGGCAGUGGCAUCGGUGGAGGCUAUGGGUAUGGUAGUGGAAUUUGUAAUGGGUAUGCUGUUGGUGGUGGUAUUGGUGAAGGCUAUGGGCUAGGUGGAGCUGGUUUUGGUGGGAGAAGAAGGGACCCUUGCUUCCCAGUUUGCCCACCAGGUGGAAUCCAAAAAGUAACUAUCAAUCCCCACUUGUUGGCACCUCUCAAACUGGAGAUUGACCCUACCAUAGAGAAGAUCCGCAAAGAAGAAGGAGAGCAGAUCAAGAUACUCAACAACAAGUUUGCCUCCUUCAUUGAUAAGGUGCGUUUUCUUGAGCAACAGAAUAAAGUGCUGGAAACAAAAUGGGCUCUGCUACAGGAACAUGACCAGAAAACUGUGACGAGUAACAUUGAGCCACUUUUUGAGGCUUACAUCAACAAUCUUAGGACACAGGUGAAUGAUCUGGAGAAGGAGAAAGUAAGGCUGGAUGGAGAGCUACAUACCACCCAAAACCUUGUUGAGGAUUACAGGAGCAAGUAAGACUUUCAUCUUACUCCCUCUUUUAUGCAUGUUUGUGCCAGCAAAUCAGUGGAUGCUACCUACAUGAACAAACCAGAACUAGAAACUAAAUUACAAUCUUUAGUUGAGGAGAUUGAUUUCCUCAGAGUCCUACAUGAAAUGGAACUGGCAGACCUACAGAGGCAGAUCUCGGACACUUCUGUGAUUUUGUCCAUGGACAACAAUCGCUACCUGGACCUCGACAGCAUCAUUGCUGAAGUCAAAGCCCAGUAUGAAGACAUUGCAAAGAAAAGCCGAGCUGAGGCUGAAGCUUGGUACCAAAGCAAGUAUGAGGAACUCCAGAGUACUGCUGGAAGGCAUAGUGAUGAUCUUCGUAACGCCAAGCAUGAGAUUACAGAACUUAACCGCCAUGUCCUGAGAGUAAAGGCUGAAACUGAAGGUGUGAAAAAACAGUGUGCUAAUCUACAGGCAAAGAUUGCUGAAGCAGAAGACCGAGGUGAACAGGCACUCAAAGACGCAAGGCAGAAACUGGCUGAACUUGAGGAUGGUCUUCAGAAAGCCAAGCAAAAUAUGGCCAAACAACUCAAGGAUUAUCAGGAACUACUGAAUGUGAAGCUCACCCUAGAUGUUGAGAUUGCCACCUAUAGAAAGCUUCUGGAAGGAGAAGAAAGUCGAUUGUCAAAUGAUGCAGCUGGUGCAGUGAACAUCUCUGUUAUCUCUUCACAUAUUUCACGAAGUUCGGCUGCUGGCUACAGAAGUGGCUACAGAAGUGGCUUUAGCCUGGGCAGAGGUAGUUACUUUGCAGUAGGAGGAGGCGGCAGCAGCAGCAACAUUGAAAGUGUGGACCAGGGAGAUGGCAGCAGCAACAUCGAAAGUGUGGACCAGGGAGAUGGCAGCAGCAACAUCGAAAGUGUGGACCAGGGAGAUGGCAAUUCUUCUAGCGUGAAUUUGACCUCUUCUCCUCCAAGUCACAUAAGCUAA